AUGAAUUCUUCUAACAGAAGCUUUGCAAGAUUUUUCCUUCCUGGGCAAUCCAUUGCAUCCAUGUUUUUCAUGGUCUACCUGAUGCUACCGAACAUAUCGCUGCUUCUGGAUACACCCAAUUCACAACUGCGUUCAAGGCAUUCACAUUAUUUAAGGAAUUUGUCCCAUACAUAUUCAGGUGAAGAUGGCAGAUUAGAUAGAAAUAAAGUAAAGAAAAAGACGCGUGGUGUUGAACAAAUGGUCGCGAGAAUAAUUUCUGGCGGACGUAAAAAAAAAAAGAAUAAAAGCAACAUGGACGAAUUUUAUGAAAAUGAAUUUAAUAACACACAAGAGGAUACUCAUGAAGAAGCAAAACCGUUAACAGAUGAAGACAUAGACGAAUAUACAAAUUGUUUAGCAUUAUAUCCACAUAGGAGCGACAUUUGUAGCGUAUGGUCGAAAAUGUGUGGAAAUGAAGUAAAUAAAUUUUAUGAUGUUAUAAAUCACUUUUUUACCUUAUAUGAUGAAAUAAAGAAGAAAUAUAAAGUAAGAAAAGAAAACUUUAGAGAAAACAUCUGGGAAUAUUUUGAUGAAAUAGUAAUAAAACAACUACCAAACAUAGAAAAUUAUUUUGAAAACCUCAUUAAUGAUCUCAUUAACGAAAAACCCCUAACGAAAUAUGAACUUAUGAUAUUGAUUAAAGAGUAUAGAAUUGUAUGCACUAACUUAAGAGAAGAGCUCUUCAGUCAGGGCCAAGUUGAAAUAGCCCAAGCUAUGAUGCAGAUACCGUGGUGGAAAGAUAUUUAG